AUGCUUGGAUAUAUAAGAAAAAUACAGGAGAAAAAGAAAAAGCACACUUGGUCUAUGCAGAUCAUGAAAGAACUUCUUCAUCAGUCCGAGGCUUAUGAGUACGAUGCUAACGGGCAGGAACCUCGUGAUCACGGACCAAGCCGGCCUUGGAGCACUUCCGACGCACAAAGCUUGCUUGGGAAGCUUUCCGACGAAGCUGACAAAAACCGAACACAGGAAGAGAAAAACAAGGGAACAACGAGUGAGAAAGACAAAACGGGCGAGAAAAAGAAGAAGAAAGACCCGAAAGAGACACCAAUACUAUUAGCGGCAAAGAAUGGAAUAACGGAGAUGGUGGAAAACAUCCUAAAUCAUUUUCCGGUGGCCAUUUAUGACAUGAACUCGGAAAAGAAGAACGCAGUGUUGUUGGCAGUGGAGUAUAGGCAACCUCAUGUGUACCAAAAGCUGGACGAAAGAGAUAUACUCAAGGAUAGCAUAUUUCGCAAGGUCGACGAGGAUGGAAAUAGCGCAUUGCACCUUGCUGCAAAGCUUGGGGAUGAUCCUCCAUGGCAUAUCCCUGGAGCUGCACUGCAAAUGCAAUGGGAAAUUAAGUGGUACGAGUUCGUGAAGGACUCCAUGCCACCCCACUUCUUCCCACGCUACAACAAUGACAGCCAGACGGCCAAGGACGUGUUCUCAAAAACUCACAAGGAGCUUAUCGUGAAAGGUGGCGAUUGGCUCACCAAAACCUCCGAGUCAUGCUCUGUGGUGGCGGCAUUGAUAGCCGCAGUCGCUUUUGCCACCGCCAGCACUGUCCCUGGCGGCGUCAAGCAGGAGUCGGGCACCCCGAUCUUGGAGAACUACACCGCUUUUGACAUCUUUGCCAUCUCCUCCGUCGUUGCCCUCUGUUUCUCCGUUAGCGCCCUCGUGAUGUUCCUCGCCAUCCUCACCUCCCGCUACCAAAAGAAAGACUUCAAGAGGAGCCUGCCGUGGAAGCUCCUAUUGGGUUUGACUUCGCUCUUCGUCUCCAUUGGUUCCAUGCUCGUCUCCUUCUGCGCAGGUCACUUCUUCGUCCUCAAAGACAAGUUGAAGUAUGCUACCUUCCCGAUUUACGCGGUGACGUGCUUGCCCGUGACGUUCUUUGCCAUAGCUCAGUUUCCACUGUACAUUGAUCUGAUAUUCUCUACGUUCACCAAGAUUCCCCGGCGGAGCUUCAAGGUUUUAACCCCUAGCUUGGGUUCUCCUUCGAGUCAAAUGUCUUCCUUUGGUGGAGAUAUCCUCAAGGAUAGCAUAUUUCGCAAGGUCGACCAGGAUGGAAAUAGCGCAUUGCACCUUGCUGCAAAGAUUUGCAGGGCAUUCUCCAUGGCUUCUCCCUGGAGAUGGUCUGUAGAUGCAAUGGGAAAUUCUGUGCUAUGA